AUGGCUUCUGUUCCUAAAGCAGAGGAAGUGGUAUCGGUGUCAAACAGCAGCCACCGCACACAGUCUAAAUCCCCUGAGCCGGCAGCGGACCACCCAGGGGCUCCGCGGGUGCCAGGUCAGGUGGUUCAGGUGGAACAGUCCGGGCGCCGGGAGCCACACAAGAGCCGCUCCACGCGGAGAGGAGACGAGCGUCAGGGGUCGAGGAGAAGAGGAAGGGCCGUCCGAUGUGGACACGACAUCCUGCCGCAAGCGGAGAGCCCGGUCAGGCUGAGACCAUGCCGAGCCGGCCGCGGGAGCGCCGCCAACUGCGCACGAGGGCAACGCCCGUACGGUCAAGGACCACGCGGGAACAACAAGAGAGAGGUUGGUGCCGGCACCACAGCACCAGAGCAGGUUUACUCGGCCAGUGGGCGAACCGGGGAUGCAAAAAAGAGCAGCGCGAACCAGAGAGAACCACAGAGAGACCAGCCCAUCCAGCGCCCGACCGCAGGCGCGACCCAACCCAAACUAGAACGACGCGAAAGGCAGCAGCACCACCAAGACAAGACCAAGCGAGAUAUACCAACCACACGCCGAGGCCAAGAACGAGCAAACACGCGAGACACCCACGACGGCGCAGGAACAAAACUCGCCCGAGCGGAAGACCGAAGCCAGGGACAGGGCGGUGAAGACGAGGCACAGCCGAAGCACCAAACCUCGCCGGCCGCCCCAAACCGCGCAGCCCAACGAGCCGGGCCCCCGCGCGCACGCGCCCAGCGACCCUCGCCCGACAUGCCUCACAACGACCCCCCCCCCCAAUCAUACCCCACGACCCCAACCACCCCCCCCACACUGUUACCCACCUCAUUAACCAAAGACCCAGAGAGAGCGAACAACAAGGCCGAGCCCUUCAGACACAACCUACACACACUACGCCACAAAAAAAUCCACCCCCGCUAA